CAUCUUGCUGUUGUUGAACUUCUAACGUUGUCACUGAGCUGGGGUUUUUUCUUCUUACCUACACCCUUUAGAGGAUUUGCAUGACUUCAGUGAAGCAUAUUUUUCUAAUAAGAGCUUUUGUCUUUGACGUGUGUUUUUUCACACAUCUUCCAUCAUGAGUCCUCUGACAGCGGUCCUGCUGCUUUCUUUACUUGAUUCCAUUUCCUGUGUUCAGUUUCUGGUGCCUCUGAACAUGGGAGGAGUCACAGGGCAGGUGCACUUUAACUCCACCUCCCAGAUGGCCACUGUCAACGUGUCUGGCGCUGGAACCUGUGGUUCACUUAACUUCUCGCUCAGCCAGUUCCCCGUUAUGUAUGGCCAUUAUGCUCAGCCCUGUUCUGAAGCAAAUAUCGGCUCCAGCGUCUUCGCCUUCACGGUUGAUCCCUCCUCAAACCCCACCUUCAACGUGUCAAGCCUCCUGGAGCGCGUCUCAAACCUCGACGACUUCUCGCUGACUUUGCAAACGUGUGAUGGCACUAAAGUAUGCACGGUUGUAACUCAAGGUCAAACGCUAAUGACUUAUCAGGCCAGGUUCACCGGCUCCGUCGCGGGUAAUGUUUACAUGCGCCUUAACAAAGGCAAUACCAACCCCAGGCUGCUUGCAGACCUAGUUACCAUCGGUCAGGUCAAUGCCUCACAAACCAAUGUCACUCUCUUUGGAUCCACAAGCACCGGCGCAAGCUGUGAUGUUCUUCUUGGAAGCUUGGAUACCUCCACUUUGACCAAUCUGGGUGUUGUAAAAGUCGGAACCCCCUUACAGCCUGAGAAAUCCGUCUGGACCUGACCAGCUUCAACAUCAACAAUCGCUUUCUUCUCCUCCGCAUGGGGUCAAGUUACAAGUGUGCUCAGAUUUAUAUUGUGCCGGAGAAACAGGUGAGCGCUGUUUUGAAUAUGAGAGGGAUCAAGGGAUACUUCAGCUUCCGUCAGGCUUCCCCAUUUGAUGUGACAGAGUUGAAGGUGAACCUGACUAACUUACAGAGCAAAGUGGGUCCUUACCAUGUCCACAAUUUUCCUCUCCCCUCAGUCAGGUCCCCUUCAUCAAGCCGGUGUUCAAAUGAUAACGUUGGCGGCCACUGGAAUCCAUUCCACGUCAACACCAGCCACCCAACAUACCCAACAGUACCAGGUUCAACCCACGACAUGUAUGAGAUCGGUGACCUCAGCGGCAAGCACAUGUUCCUCGCAGGUAAAAACGAGAUGGACAUGACGUUUACAGACUUCAGCCUCCCUCUGUUUGGACCAAACAGCAUUGUAGGUCGCUCAGUCGUGAUUCACCAAACAGAUGGUGCUCGGUACAUUUGUGCGAGCAUCAGCUAUCCUGGUGAAGUGACCGUAGCCAGAGCCACAUUUCAGAGCCCUGUAGUCGGUCAGAUCUGGUUCACCCAGCUAAAGGACAACCCUCUGUCUGACAUGUCCAUCUUCAUGGACCUGACAUAUGGAAAUGCCUCAAUGACACCAACCAGAAACCACAACUGGCAUGUUCACACCCACCCCAUCAGCUCCGAGAGGGAUGACGAUGAAAGACGCUGCAGCACUACAGGAGGACACUGGAACCCCUUUAACGUUAACACAGGAGACGGCAGCUAUGCCCUCCACUGCGGCCCGUCCAGUCCCUUAUCCUGCGAGGUGGGAGACCUCGCCAGGAAACACAGCACCGCCAACCUUGGCGCGGCAGUGGGAAGAGUGCAAGCUAAAAGCUUCUUCACUGAUGUCACUUCCUGGUUGUCAGCCAUAAUCGGUCGUUCUGUUGUCAUCCACAAAGCAGAGAGGGGAGGGCCAAGGAUUGCUUGUGCCAACGUCACAAUGGUGCGGGUCCCCAAAGCUAGCUUAGGUAGCUGGUUGGGCAACCAGAUUCCCGGCGGACAGGUCCGGUUCUCCCAGGCUGUCCCACAAGGCCCCACCACAAUAAGUGUAUCCAUGAUUAACCUGAACUCCUUAGCUGGGGGUUACCAUGUUCACAUACUGCCCAUCAAACCUGGCAGCAAAGAGCCCUGCUCCAACGCAAACAUCCUGGGCCACUACAACCCGUUAGCCUGGAACGCAUCAAACAGCCCCGCACCUGGAGCCGGCACAGUAGACCAAUAUGAGAUCGGGGCCAUUGGCGGGAAGUUUGGGAAGCUGAAUGGCCUGAACCAGUCUGACGCCGUAUACAUGGACCCUGAAAUGCCGUUGACAGGACCCUACAGUAUAGUGGGAAGGUCACUGGUGAUUCACUACUCUACAAACUCAUCAAGAAUGCGGUGUGCCAACAUCUCAGCGGACAGGAAUACAGACGGACAAUGGACUGUUGCCAAGGCUGUUUUCAAUGGUACAGUGAAUGGGACAGUGAAACUGCGGCAACAGGUGUUUCCUGAUGGGAGUAGCAGUGAUGUCACACUGGAGGUGAACCUGUCAACACAAAAUACUGUGGCAACCAUGUUCAUCACAAACAGGCAGGGCGUCGACACCAGGCAGUGCACUGGUGUGGGAGACAUAUUCAAUCCCUUCAACAUGACAUCAAUGAGCUCCAGCUGUUCACUGUUGAAUCCUCUGAGUUGUGUGGUGGGAGAGGUGUCCGCAAGACACGGCACAGUCAGCCUGAAGGAGAGACAGAUCUUCACUGACAGCAUCAUUCAGCUCUCUGGAGACCACACAGUUGUCUAUAGAUCUGUAAUGCUGAAGAACGGAGACGGUGUCAUCUCAUGUGCAGACAUCGUGCCAGAAUCCCCUUCAGCACAGCAGACCUUCCCAACCGUGACUAGCUUCAGCAGAUAUGACUUCCGUAAGAGGGUCGCAGAUGUCCUGCAGAUGGAGAAGGCAAGAGUCACCAUUCUAGCCGGUUUUCCCCGCUCUGCAGCUGAGGGAAGGUGCCAGCAAGUCAGAUUCAUGGUGUCGGGGAAUGUCGGCAAAGAACAACUGCUGUCUAUCAAAACCAGCGAGAAGAUGGGCAUGUUCCAAGAGUCUGACUUAUGUACAAGAAGCGCUGGUCCGCUUACGAUGCCAGGAACUUUUCUUCUUGCCUUGAUGUUUGCUGCGGCCUGCCUGCUGCCAUCCACAGUUUAUUCAUAGCGAGAAGAUAUAGAGAUUGGGCCACAUCUUGCAUCAUCAUGGAUCCUCAUAUUGUAAAAUUGUUUAACAUGUUUAUGAACCGUAGCCCACCAAGCGAUAUGAUGGUCAUCUGAUUAUUUGUCAAGCAAAUAAUAACUGUGUCAUAACUUUUUUUGUACAACUUAAUAAUCAUUUUAAGCAACAAGCUAUUAUUUAACUGUUAAAUGUAGCCUUCUUAGACACUUCAUUGUUCCGCAACAGAUAUUGCUUGUAUUUUAUGAAUUUAGACUGUUAAACGGGUGGGUGAAAUUUAUGCUGUACAUUUUUCAGAUAUCCUGACUUUAUUUCUUCAUUUAUGCACCAUCAAUAUAUUCAUAUCAAAAUGCAUGUAAAUGUCUGGGAAAUUGUGAAUAAAAUAUAAUAAUGUUUGUAAAACAUGUGCCAAUAAUUUGAGAUUUUUUUU